GCCGCGCUCAGCCUAAGUGUAACUUCUGGAGCCUGCCCGAAAACUUGCGAUUCUCUUCUUGUUUAUAACCAAUUCUAAGUCUAGCCUUAUCUUGCGAUUGUUGAGACUGCCAUCUUUGUGUUUUCGGCUGAAGGAACUUCUGGCUGGCUUCAACGGAACAAGAACUCUCGCCAUUGCCCUGAAUUGCGAAGCGCAAGUCUGGGAAAGCGAGCAAACUCCGACCUACAACUACGGCCUCAACUCAUGAUACAACGUAUCACGCGCGCAAACGCAACUUAGUCGUCAAUUAACUCAGCAUCCGACUCGCCAUAGCCAGUCACAGCAGCGCUCAUCGCCAGCCAACCCCCCCGCCUCCAACCCCGCCGUCAAGCGCCUCGCCCUCCCACAUCCGUCUUCAUGUCCUCCGCUCCGUGGGAUUACAUCGCAAAGCUAGUAUGCAUCGGCGAUUCAGGCUGCGGUAAAUCCUCCCUGACGAUCCGGCUCUGCGAGGGGCGCUUCGUCCCGCAUCACGAUGUAACAAUCGGCGUGGAAUUCGGUUCGCGCAUCGUCCCGGUCGGGCCGCCCUACUCCAGCAAGCUCACACCCGCCACCUCCUCCCGAUCACCCUCCUCCCCAGCAGACGGCACCGGCGACGGCGACGGCACAACAACAGAAAACGCAAGCGAAGCAGGGGGACUGCCCACACCACCAACCAUCCCCGUCGAGCAGCAGCAGGCCAAGCAGCAGCCACCGCAGCCACAAAAACACAUGAAGCUCUCGCUGUGGGACACGGCGGGGCAGGAGACGUACAAGUCGGUGACGCGGUCGUACUUCCGCGGCGCGUCGGGCGCGCUGCUGGUCUUUGACCUCACCCGCCGCUCCACCUUCCAGCACGUCACCGACUGGCUCAACGACCUGCGGCAGAUCGCCGAACCAGACAUCGUAGUAGUACUAGUCGGCAACAAGGCCGACCUCGCCUCCCCGGACGCCCCUGACGACGAUGACGACAACGACACAACCCCAAACACAACAAACACAACAAACACAACAACAAACACACCCGGCACCGGGACAGUGGCGGCGGGAAAGGGGAACAACAAGCGCGAAGUGACGCGGCAGGAGGCAGAGGAGUGGGCGCGGCGCAACGGGGUGCUCGAGUACGUGGAGACGAGCGCCAAGAGCGGCGCCAACGUCGAGAUGGCCUUCAUGCGGGUGGCCGAGCGCAUCUUCCAGAACAUCCAGGCGGGCAAGUACGACCUGAACGACCGGCGCUCCGGCGUCAAGGGCCCGAGCGCGGGGGGCGCGGGUGCGGCGGCCGCGAAAGCGGUCCGGUUGACGAGCGAUGCGGGGAAGGGGUUGGGUGGGGGGUGCUGUUGAAGGUGAAGGGGGGUUGAUGCUGAUGGAUUAUCCUCGAUGUAGGUAUCAUGUGUGAGGAUGGGUCGGUGGGGUGGUAGUUAGCAUGAAGCUGGGAGGAGGGAGGAGGGGCUGCAUUGUAUUAAUAGUAAUAAGUACUAGGAAGCGGGAAGCAAAAUACCGCUGGGUUGAAAGGUACAAACAUACGGUUAUGCCCGCGAGGGAAGUGAAACAAACCACUGAGCAUAUAAACAGUACCAUGUCAGAGGGCAUUGAGCAUACAAGGAGGCAGUGCAUCAAUUUCAUAUGCGUGGCAA